AUGUGGAAAGCUUCACCCUCUGCCCUAUCCUGCCGCGGCUUCUUCGUUCUCCGUCCAGCUCCUCGCCAAGCCCGCCAGACUAUUCUCUCGUCGUUGGUCCAGCCAGCUGUUGGAGCUGGAGUGAAGAGAGAAGAUGACAGAGACAGAGAAGAUGAGAGAGAGAGAGAGGAGGACAGAAAAAUGCUUUUUCACGAGCGGAAAGGCGCCCUCGGUCGCGCCUCCAGCACCGAGUUGCAUGCAUGCAGCUCGAGCCGCGAGGGAGAUGAAGAAGCGAGGAGAAAAUACAAGAGGGGAAAAACUAGCCUUUCAAUGGCGUCUUUCUGCGUCGUCGAUUGCCUUCUCUCUGAACCUGUUCUUCUCCUCUCGUUGCCUCUACUGGUGAUACUCGCGCGUGCGCUGCGCGAAGUCGCGACAAACACAGGCGUGCCCCCGUCCUUCGCGACGCCAGCUCCGCGCCGGUCGCCGCACGACGCCAGGCGCCUGGCCUAUAUUCGGAGCGAAGGCGUGUCGUUUCCUUUCUCCGAGGAUGCAGCUGUUCGCCUGCUGCCUUCCGUCCUCGAGGCGCUCGCGCCGCGCGCCGCGCACCGCCCGCGGGCGGCGAUGACGGCGAGAGAGAAAGCGAUUCAGGAGCUUCAGCAGCGAAGACUGCAGGACAACGGCGUCCCCUACGGGGACCAGCAAGACAACGCUCAUGAGAAAACCGAAAAAGAAGAAAAAGAGAAAGGGGCAGAAAAGGAAGAAGAGGUAGAGGGAUCACAGGAGGAAGAAGAAGCGGAGGAGGAAGCGGAGGAAGAAGCGGAAGCAGAGGUUGACGAGGCCAAAGAAGAAGACGACGGAAAGGAAGAAGGAGAGGCAGAUAAAGAGGCAGAAGAAGAGAAGGAAGAAGAGAGAGGCGGGGAGCAGCUCGGCAGGCGUGGAGGCGCGCGGCUCAUCAGCAGGGCGGCGCCCGAUGAGCUCGGAGAAGCGCAGGAGAAGAAAGCAGCCGAAAUGCUCGCUGAACCGCGCCUCACAACAGAGAGCGAAGAGAUUCGCGCGACAGCGAGAGGCGCAGCCGACAGGCCGCCGCGAAGCGAGACAGGCGCUUGUCUCGUCUGCGGAGCGCAUGAAGAAGGCAAAAAAGCGGAAACCGAAGCGAGGCGACGUGCAUCGCUUCACGAUUCGAAAGGAGGGCGAGCCGCAACGGCAGGAAACCGUCCGCCUCUCGAGGAGGAAAACGAAAGAGAGGGAGAAGCAGAGCGACCCAGAGAAGAGAGAGAAGAAGGAAGCGGGUGGGAAGGAGGUUCUAAAAGAGGAUCAAGGCAGGCUUUGUGGCGGGAGUGCGACAGUGCCAUCGAGAAAACUGCAAGCAGAGAGACAGAAACAGAAGAUCGGGGCGCGGACGUCGCCGGAGAUGCCGAGGAUCGGAUGCGUGUAAACGUCUCUGCGGUCGGCGUCGAAGAGGGAGAGCCUGGGCAGUAA